AAAGUGACUGUCAAAAAAAAAAAAAUAAUGACACAAAGCCUGAAAACAAAUCUAGAUUUUAAAUCUAGACUCUAUACUAGUAUAACUCUAGAUCUAGAUCUAUAUCUAGAAUCUAGAGUCUAUUUAUUGCUGAUAAAAUAAACAAACGCUAACGUAUAUUAUUGUAUCCUUCCUUCUCGGAAUGUAAUGAGAGGGUAGUUGAGUACCCUACUAGUAAAAGUAACUAAUCUAGACCCAGGCCUAAUAAUAAGGCUAAGCCUGCCUAAGGCAAAGUACUAAAGUUGGCCCUAACUAAGCCGUCUAAGUCUAAGCCAUCUCUUAUUCUCUAACUCUAGAUUCUUUGACUGACUCUAGAGUAAGACUAAUUUAGUAAUUACUAGUAAGAGUCUAGAGUAGAUCUGGUUCAUAGACUAAUUAUUAUAAUUAAUAAUUAUCUUUUCUAGACUAGAUGAUUAAGAUUAUAAUUAUAAAUUAUAAAAAAUAAUGGCUGAUCGAUUAACACAGUUGCAGGAUGCUGUUACUCAGCAAGCUGAACACUUCUACAACAGUAUUGGAGUUCUACAGCAAAGUGCACCCAGCAGUCCAUUCCCAGGUUUUGAAAAACCAGGUUGUAAACCAUCAUCUCCCCCACCUCAGGAAGAUUAUGCUGCAUUGUUUGCCAAAUUAAUUACAAGAACUGCCAAAGAUAUUGAUGUCCUCAUAGAUAAUUUACCAAGUGAAGAUUCAUCUACAGAGCUUCAGGUGGCAAGUUUACAGAAACUAGAGCUGGAAAAUCAAGAGGAAGCAGAAAAAUUAGAAGAAAUUGUUGCAAGGGGAGAACAGUUGCUGAAAACAAUUCAAAAAUCUCUUGAGCAAAUAGCUGCCUCACAACUUUAUAGCCAGGGAUUAGAGAGCAACUUUAGUCCUUCCAGAAUUUAAAUUUUUUGUGUCAAUGAUUUAUGUAUAAAAUAUUUCAAUAAAACUUUUUUUUUUAA